GCCCAGAGCCAGCAGAGCGAGCGCCGCCGACAGCGAAGCGACGGCCGAGUUGGAGACGCGGUGAGCGAAGAACCAGGGGCGCAGCACGGCAAGCAUGGUGAGCGCGGACUUGAGCAGCAGCAGGCACAGGCGCGCCAGGUAGGUGAAGGACAACAGCAGCACCUGCAGCGCGCAGGCUGUCCGGCCCAGCACCUGCGUCUCCGUCAGGAGGUUGGCGAGCAGCACCGGGGCGGAGGCGAGCGUGGAGGCGAUGUCGCAGAGCGCCAGGAGCAUUGCGAGCACCUUGCUCUCCUUGUGCGAGCUCGAGUCGCGCAGGGCCACGUACAGGUGGGCGGCGUUGAGGAGCAGAGCGGUCACGCUGGCGGUGGCGACGAGGUACACGAGCAGGCGCUUGUGUUGCAGAGCGCAACGGAGCGAUGGGACGACGUCUUCCUCGAGCCCAGCGCCGCAUAGCCGACUGGCGUUGGCCGUGCACAUGGUUUCGUUUGUUGAGGAGGGCACCUGCGGUCGAGGAGAUAUUGCUGAUGUGGUUGGGAGGUGGGGGGCUCCUUUUUCUUCCGGAGUGAGCCGAUCUUGCGGGCAGGCAGUGAGUUCUGUGGUGCCUGGUGCAUUCAUUACUUGGGAUCAGGAACAGGUGUGCGUUGAAAAGCGAUGGCCUUCUAACGAUUCGCUCGGUUGUCUCCGUACGGUGCGAAAUAAGUUCAGCAUGCAUACAUCCAAUUAUACGGUGGCUGGUUUAAUAAUAGCGGAUCAGGCAGCUGAUUGUCUUCAUACCUAAACCGAUGUGACAGGCACCGACAUGACUUAUUGCGCAAGCAUGCGUUUUACCGAAUCAUCUUAAUUACCGUCGUCAUCGUCCUCACCAUUGGUAAUGUUUCACGCACCGGGCCAAUGGAAUCGGCUAGCUCCGUGCAAGCUAAUGUUUUAACAUCCUCAUUAUCGUUGUUGUCAUCGCUCGCUUAUGCACCACGAUUCAUUGCUGGAUGAAUAUUCCCUCCACGAUGUUACAUACUUCUGUCGAUGAUGUUUCGCAGCUGUAAUUUUACAACUGUAAAAGACGAUCAAACUAAAAUUAGACGAUACACAGAAACGCGUAAAAAUGUACAACGCCCGAAUUGCAGUCAAUUCGUUUAUUUAGCUAUACGAUCUCCGCGGACAUGUGCGAUAUUUUAACAGAUCAAACUCGUUAUCGUCGCCUUAUAAUUAUUUUUUUGGGAAAAAAAUAACCUGUUACCUUAACAAUAUCAGAAACCCCACUGACAUACAAAAACACGACUUUUGUUGUCUUUAAAGGAUACUUAUCAGCAGUGCCCCUAUCCUCCCAUUCACUCACCGGGCUGGAGCGCAGCGUGGUACAAGAGUGGACACUCCACGUGCUACUAAACGGGGACAAAAGGGGAGUAUCUUGGAGGGAGACCUAGGAGUGAGGGUGUACGAGGAUGAGGGAUGGGACGCGAGGUACUGCCACGCAUUGCGCGUUCCUUUUUAUCGAAUGCAUCCCCGUGUGCUCGUCAGAGAUUGGAGUCGCGAGCUCUGCACAGGGAGGAGGAGGAGGAGGGGCGCAUGAGAGGGCUGCACUCCUCGGUCAAAUGACAUUCACCUGGCAACCACGUGAAUAAUCUCUCCGUGCUGCCGACAACACAAGCGAGCGUGUGCUGGGCUCAAGGGCAAAGCUGCUCACCCACCCUGCGGAUACGGACACCGCAUCGCCCGUCCACCCACCCACCCACCCCCGUCCUUGUUGACGACACCGCCGCUCGGGCCACGCACACGCGGGCCCAGCCAUGGACCCCGACCGCAAGCGCGCACGCUUCGUGGACGGAGACGUCGACGGGUACGGAGACGACGAUGAGAGGCCUCCCUCCGAGGGCACGGCGCUCGAGCGGGAACUCUGCGACGAGGGGAGCCGGGCGUCCGGCGCCGAGUCGUGGCGACGUUGGGACGCGGAGACGGUGGCCAAGUGGCUGGGGAAGAUGGAUGUGCCGGACGAGGUCUGCAUCGCCUUCAGAAAGCACAACAUCACGGGCACAGUGCUACCGGACAUUACAGAAGACCACCUGAAAACAAUUGGGGUAAAGAAACUGGGAAAUCAGCUGAAAGUUCUUCAAGUUUUGAAGAUCAUGUGCCAGGAUUCCAAGCAAAACAUGAAGGUGUUCAAUGACCCCAUCCACGGACACAUUGUGCUGCACCCCUUGCUCGUGAGAAUCAUCGACACCCCGCAGUUCCAGCGCCUCCGCAACAUCAAGCAGCUGGGCGGCACCUACUGGGUGUUCCCCGGAGCCUCGCACAACCGCUUCGAGCACUCCAUGGGGGUGGGUUACCUGGCCGGGCAGCUCGCCACAGCCAUCCAGAGCAGGCAGCCCGAGCUGGGCAUCAACGAGAGGGACGUGCUGUGCGUGCAGAUUGCAGGACUCUGCCACGACCUGGGACACGGCCCAUUUUCCCACAUGUUUGAUAACAGCUUCAUCCCAGCUGCUCGUCCCGGAUGCAAAUGGAAGCACGAGGUGGCCUCCGUGCAGAUGUUUGACCACCUAAUCCAGGCCAACGGCCUGGAGGAGGUUCUUAGCAAGGAGUAUGGCCUCAAGUUGCCGGAAGACCUGGACUUCAUCAAAGAGCAGAUCGCUGGGCCCCCGGCUGACAUCGCCAAUAGCUCGGGUCCUGGUAGUGGCAUCAAUAACUGCUUUGCCAAAUCGCCGCACGUAGACCGGGAGGAGGGUGGCCUGCAGGUGCAGGCAAAAGAAUGGCCAUACAAGGGCAGGACCAAGGACAAGGGGUUCCUGUACGAGAUUGUCGCGAACAAGAGCAAUGGCAUAGAUGUGGACAAGUGGGACUACUUUGCCAGGGACUGCCACCACCUCGGAAUUCAGAACAACUUCGACCACAGGCGCUUCAUCGAGUUUGUGCGCGUCUGUGAGGUCGAAAAUGAAAGGACGAAAAAAGUGAUUUGCUUCCGAAACAAGGAGGUGGGCAAUCUCUACGACAUGUUCCACACGCGCAACUGCCUGCACCGCCGCGCGUACCAACAUCGAGUGGGCAACAUCAUCGAACUCAUGAUCAAGGAGGCUUUCCUCAAGGCAGAUAAGCACAUCAAGAUCGAGGGAUCUGGCGGCAAGAUGUUCUCCAUUUCCGGAGCGAUUGACGACAUGGUGGCCUACACAAAGCUCACAGACCUGAUUUUUUACGAGAUCCUGCACUCGCGCGACCCCAAUUUGAAGGAGGCCAGGGUGAUCCUGGAGAACGUGGUUUGCCGGCGCCUCUACAAGUUUGUGAAUCACACGCAGCCCGGGGAAGGGAAGAACCCUCUUGAUGAGGUCAAACUGGCGAAGGAGAUCGCUAACUCGGAACCGGAGACGCCACUCAACGUCAAGUUAAACCCAGAGGAUUUUGUGGUGCACGUAAUUAACUUGGACUACGGAAUGAAGGAGAAGAACCCCAUCAACAAUGUGUGGUUCUACUGCAAGGAGGAUCCCGACAAGCCGUUCAGAAUCUGCAAGACACAGGUGUCAAAGAUGCUGCCGGAAAUAUUUCAGGAGCAGCACAUUCGCGUUUACAUCAGGAAACUGGAGCCGGAAUACCUCAAAGCUGCCAAGCAGUACUUCGUGCAGUGGUGUCUGGACAAGAAGUUCAUCAUGCCUCAGGAUGGAGAAGUGGUGGCCCCAGGGCUGACUCCAUUCAAAGAGAGCUGGAAGCGGAACGCUGACGCCAACUCCGACGAGAAAGUGCGACAAGCACCCAAGGAAUGCCAAAGGAAACUGUUUUUGAAAGAGAACACCAAAUGAUAUGCCCGUGUAAAAAAAAGCACCCACUUAAUUUUACGUACGGUUUUGAAAUUGUGGUCGGCAUUUAACUGCAUUUAAAACCUUUUCCUUUUUUUCUGAAGCACUCUUGUUGCCUUACUGCUUGCUACGCAGAUGUUCCCAGGUUACGCUGUACAUCUCGCCGCUGCGCUUGCGAUAUGUACCGCGUGUUGUUGUUCGGCACGAUAUCUGACAAUUUCGCUGCUUUUCGUGCCGGACAACACGCGACGCAACCCGAAAACACAUCGGGGCAGCUCUUGCAGCUUUUUUUCCGCUUUGUAACAAUAGUUAAACGUGGCCUUUUAUUAAGUGAAUCUCGCUUGCAAGUUUAGACCGUGCAAGCCUAAUGGCAUGCAGAGUUGUUGUGUGUUUCUACUUAGUGAUAGGGUUGCAUGCACAAUGAUACCAUUGAAGUGGGUUUCAGUGCUGACCGUGUUCAUACUGGGAUACAGGUAGGCUGAGAUUAUUACGGGUAAAACUUUGCGUAUCUCCCGUGUGUCUGUUGUGUUUAACGCUAUGCACUUGGGGGGUGGAAACAAUGCGUUGAUUCUUUUAUCAAUGUCGAUUCUUGACCUCAUGAUACAUGCACGGAAUUGCACGUGUGUGGACUUUGGUGCGUCGGAUUAAAAGAUGGGAUUCGUGUCACUCGUGCAGCCGCUAGAGCCGCCGCCGCCGUCCACCUCGUGAGAAAUUGGAUUGCCGAGUUGAAUUGUCAACGUUUCGUUGAAUUGUCAACGUUUCAUUGAACCGUCCCGAGUCGUUUCGGCCACACUCUGCGCUCUUCACAUCGCGACGUUUGAGUCGUCAUCGAUCCACUGCUGGAUGAAGCCCCUCCCGCCACGCAGUUCUCGUAAUUUCACACGAUCCUGCGACGUCGGGUUUAUGUUGGGUGUUUUAAUUUGGAUGGGGGGGGGGGAGGUUUUGUUGUACACCACCAAUUGGGGCAGCUUGCAAUGUCAGAACAAUUGCCAUCUUAAAUUUCGAUUUAAAGCUUUCGUGACUGCAGGGAUUCAUCUUCUUGGUUCUUUCGGUAAAGUCACGUAGAAUGGAAAUAAUAAAAAUAAAACAAAAUAAUUCUCACGACGUUUCGGCCACAACGCACCUGAGGACGGCUCCUUGCGUUGUGGUCGAAACGUGAUAAUUAUUUUAGAAUGUUUUAUUUUUAUUAUUUUAUUAUUUCCAUUCUACGUGACUUUACCGAAAGAACCAAGAAGAAUUGCCAUCUUACAAUAAUACAACAGAAUAAGAGUCAUGAGGGUGUUUUGACCAUGAUUCACAAUUAUCUCAAUUCGGCUUGGGGAAGGGCAGUCCCAUUGCUUUUUUAAGAGUCUAAAUAAUUUUACAUUGUAAUGUGGUGGAUGUGUACGGCAAACCUUUGCUUUUAUGCAAAAUUAUUUUUUUACUGCUUGAAAUGUGUGAACAAAAAAAAUACGUUAAGCUUCGGUCAGUGGUGCAUUUCAAUUAAUGCAGCAACAUUUAUGUUGGGCCUUGUUUACAUCACGCUACUUCAGCAUUUUUAAGUACCACAUGUUUUAAGAUGUUUCGAUUGUCUUCACUCCACUUAACACGAUGCUCCUACAUUAAGUGGGCGUCCGUUUGAGAUGUUUUUCACGCUUUAAUUUCCACCGUGUGAUAACUCGUGUUUGGGCAUUGUACGUGUGCCAUUCGUAUCCAGGUCAUUUGCAUUCUCGAGGAAAUGGGAUGCUUAGGGGACCUACCUUUCAGCGUGUGGCUCUGGUGUUUUAUCCACUUGCUAACAUCAAUAAUGGGAGAUUUCAGGGCUAUGAAAGUUUCCAAUUUAAAAUCUACACUGCAUAUUGUAGUAUUCCUGUUCUUCGGGCUAACCAUUUAUUGUGAGAGCUCAGUAAACAUGCCAACAUUGGCCCAAAGUUUACAUGAUUACUGAGAGGCUUUGUAAUGUGAGCUCGCAGUUAUAUUUACAACACAGACGUGAAUGCAACCUACUGAAUGUUGGACGUUGUUGCGCUUAGCGUCUGUAUAAAGUCCACUGUGAGCACCGUCCCAAUGGGUUUUACAUAACCCAAGUAUGAUGAUGUCUUCGUAUCUAUAACAGAAUCAUCGUUAAGCGCCAUUGCGGAGAGGGGUAAUAACAACGCCUCUCCAUUUUUGUGUCUCCACGUAAAAAAUGAAAAUAUUUUUUUACGCAUGCCACCAGCUGCUCGACUUUGAGUGCAUCUUGGUAGUGUUGUAUUGGUUCACAACAAGAAAACUCCACUGGUUCCAAGGGGGUUCUACGUCCCAUUAGCAGUUCCGCUUGCUUGAACCAGUUCGGUACUGGUCGCUGAAUGUAAGAAAUUGUCCCGUUGAACACGAAAUUAAGUAAUACAUAACACAGUAAUUCAGUCGUUGUGAGUAGAGAAUAUGGAAAGUGGGUAUUAUUUAUUUUGUUAUCAGGAUAUAACUUUUUUUAUAAUUUCCAAGAUUGUUCUUUGGUGUGAUGGGUUCGCUGUUUAACACGCUGUUAUUUUUUGAGUGUGUUUAAUUUAGGCAGAUGUCUUACGGGUGUUUGUGUAAUUUUUGCCCAGUUGCAGAAGCUUAAAACGUCACUGUGUUACGUGCAAUUGCAUCCUUUACUUCUUAACAAAGUGCCUUUAUUCUGUGCAAAAAAAAAGUGAUUUGCUUCCAUGGAAAUUCGUUGUUCUCUAAAAAUGCUUCUAUAACAUGGGAAAUACAAGUGGGAAAUAAUAGUUUUUCCCCAUUCGAAGUGUAUACCUACCAAUAGAUAACGUGAAAACAAUCCGUAUCCUGUAAUUUCAGUUGAAGCGUUUCUUCUUAAGGAUGUAAUCAUUCGUUAACGUUUUUUGUGUUGAUCUUUAAAAAAAAAAAUUUGACAUUGGUGGUGCUCUUAGUUGAGGUUGUAUCUUGAGUUAUAAUUGUAAGCGUUGUCCUAACUUAAAUGUUAUUUUGAUUGAAUAAAGUCUUGAUUUUUCUAA